GUUCAGUCGUGUUGGAAGAUCAGGUCAUACAAUGGUGGAAGUUUGGGGUCAUCCUUGUGGUCGCCCUUUUGAUUCGUUUCGGGACUUUUCUGUGCAUGUGGUCAGUUUGAUCUAUGGUACUGUUUGGAUUUGCGAGUGUGGUUUGUGUACGUUUGCUCGUGGUGGACAGGGGGUCGCGUCUCUUACUCUGCCUCCCCUUCUUCCUCGUGAUUCGGUUGUUGAUGCUUCUGCUCCCGAUAUUCAAGGCACAACUACGAGCUCUGAAGCACAGGACACAAAAAUGUCGAUCGCUGAAUGAUGGAUCAGAAGAAAGAAUGGAACUUUUAGUGGUUGGGGGCAUUCUUUCUUGUCAAGUUGUCAAACAUUUUAGCCACACAAGCUUAGCCCUUUAUCGUUACCAGUUUGCUGCGUUAUCGUCAAAGCUGUAUGUUGACUCUGAGUCUAAACAAACUAAACAUGAGCUAUCACCUCGAGUCUUUGUCUGCAAGUGCUUGCCGCAAUACAACAGAAGAGUUACGGAACUAGCGAAGGAGCCGUCGAGAUGAGUAUAAGAAGAUGCAACGUCCGCCAUAAGUCAGAGAAGUAAUUCAGGCUAAAAAUAAGCUACUACAUCAGCAUGGCCAACGUAUCUGCCAAUCCCGAUGCCGAUCAAGUUCAAGUCCAAGACAUCGAUCUCAGUGACCCACAGUACACCAGCGAUGGUAUAGGCAAUCAUCCUGAGCGUUCGACCGGUAUCAGACAACCAGAUACAAUGUACCUCCACAUCCUAAGCCG